GCCACACAGCACAGAGCAGAGUACACAGAGGGAGAGAGAGGGAGAGCUGAGGCAAUGAGGUUGUUUUCUGCCCUGGGACUGCUGCUCUGCCUCAGCAUGGGGCUCACUGAGGGGGGCAAACUCCUGGUCGCCCCUGUGGAUGGAAGUCACUGGCUGAGCAUGAAGAUUUUGGUGAAAGAACUUGUUGCCAGAGGACAUGAAGUAGUAGUUCUAGUCCCAGAAACCAGCUUAUUGAUCAAGGGCUCGCAGAGUUUCAGCACGAUCAUGUACAAAGUGCCUUACACCGGAGAAGAACUGGACAACAAAUUUAACGAAUUAAGGAAAGGGCUCUUCAGUCCUCCACAGUUUACAGAUUUAAUGGAUAAUGUAAACCGCUUGGUGAGUUUUACAACAUUACAAGCAAAAGGAUGUGAGAGUUUAUUACAAAACCAAGCGCUCAUGGAUCAGCUAAGAGGAGAGCAAUUUGAAGCACUACUGACUGACCCCUUCCUCCCUUGUGGAUCAUUGCUGGCAAGAAUGUUUUCCAUCCCAGCUAUUUACUUUCUGCGUGGACUUCCCUGUCAGUUGGACAUGAGGGCUAACCAAUGCCCCUCUCCUCCAUCCUUUAUCCCAGUUUUCUACUCAGACAACACAGAUCAAAUGAAUUUCCCCCAAAGAGUCAAAAAUACAUUGUUUUACACUCUGGAAACAUACUUAUGCACUGUUAUGUAUGCUAGUUUUGAUGAUCUGGUCAGACGAUACAUUGACAAGGACAUGUCUUACCAACAACUACUAGGUGAAGGCGCAAUAUGGUUGCUCAGAUAUGACUUCACCUUUGAAUGGCCAAGACCAAUCAUGCCCAAUAUGGUGUUUAUUGGAGGAAUCAACUGUGCAAAGAAAGCCCCCCUGCCUGCGGAUUUGGAAGAGUUUGUGGAGGCAUCUGGAGAGGACGGCUUCAUUGUGUUUACCAUGGGAUCAAUGGUGUCCAAAAUGCCCUUGGAACUUGCAAAACUCUUCUUUGAUGCCUUCAGACAAUUCCCCCAGAGAGUUUUGUGGAGAUAUGAAGGAGAAAUCCCUCCAGAUGCCCCCAAGAACGUACGGGUGUCGAAAUGGCUACCGCAAAAUGACCUGCUGGCUCACCCUAAAGCCCGAGUGUUCAUGACGCACGGUGGCACCCACGGCAUGUACGAGGGCAUCUGUAAUGGAGUGCCCAUGCUCAUGUUCCCCCUGUUCGGAGACCAGCGGGACAAUGUACACCGCAUGGUGUCCAGGGGUGUGGCAGAAAAACUUCUCAUAUAUGACCUGACCACUGAUGCCAUCGUCACUGCACUGAGAAAAAUACUUAAUGACAAGAGUUACAAAGAGAACAUGAAAAAGUUAUCAGACCUGCACACGGACCGCCCUGUCGAGCCGUUGGACCUGGCCGUGUUUUGGACUGAGUUUGUGAUGAGGCAUAAAGGAGCCAGUCACCUCCGGGUGGCAGCACAUGACCUGAACUGGAUCCAGUACUUCUGCCUGGAUGUCAUAGCCUUUUUAACCCUCAUUGUGAUCACUGUUGUAUGGCUGACAGUUAAAUGCUGCUUAUUCUGCACCAGGAAGUGUUGUGGAAGAAGGACAGUGAAAAAGAAGCAAUCCUAGUCUUUUAAAGUUUCUUUACUUUUGUGCAAACAUGUGUAAAGAUUUUUCUCAGUCUCAAAUGCACUGGUGAACUUGUAUUAAAAGUGUUUUAUAUUGAUCAAUAACCAUUAAUUGCCUAUUCUAAAAUAGUAUGAAUGAAUAAAUUGUAUUACUAUA